UUUACGUUUUUUUUUUGUAAACAUUGAAUUUAAUUCAAUGAAUUCAUUAAGAGUUUUAAUUGUCUUUUAAUUAGAUUUAGUUUUGUCUAGUAAUUAAAUAUGAAGGGUAUAAUUUAUCCUGGUAAAGGUGAAAUUCCUGAAUUUUCAUUGGAUUCUAAGGCUAUAUUUCACUUUCAAACAAUUAGGAUUAUCAAUGGAGAGGAGAAGAUUAUUGAUGAUAGUCGUAAACUUGGUAAACCUAUGGAGCUUUUAAUUGGGAAAAAAUUUAAACUCGAAAUUUGGGAAUCUCUUGUUAAAACAAUGCGAAUUGGGGAAGUGGCUCGUUUCCAUUGUAGAGCUGCUACUGUGCUUAAUUAUCCAUUUGUUUCGAAACAAUUUCGUAAAUUUGCUUCUAAUUCUGGUAAUCAGAGAGAAAAUGAUCAUGGUGAUCAUUCACACGAAUCUCAUUGCUGUGGGAUGGCCUUACAAAAGUCAAUCGGACAUGAUGAUCUUGACGAACUGAUUAAAUCUCCAAGUGAUUUAGAUUUUAUUAUUGAAUUGAUAGAUGUCAUUUCUCAUGAUAAUUAUGAGAAGGAAAUCUGGCAAAUGUCUAGUGAAGAACAAUUGAAACAAACUAAAGAAUUGAAAGAGAAAGGCAAUCAAGCUUUUAGACUGAAUAAUUACCAGGAGGCAAGUAAUUUCUACGAAAAAGCCUUAGCCAUCUUGGAACAAUUAAUUCUCAAAGAGAAACCAGGAGACGAAGAAUGGAUCAGUUUGGAUAAAAUGAGAAUUCCAUUUUACUCUAAUUUAGCUCAAUGUAAACUAAAUCUAUCUGAUUAUUAUGGAGCCAAAAGAGCUUGUGAUGAGGUGAUUAAUAGAGAACCAACAAAUGUGAAAGCUUGGUUUCGUCGAGGAAAAGCUAAUUUAGAAAUUGGUGAAUUUGAUUUAGCUGUUGGCGAUUUUGAUAAAUCUGCAAUUCUUGAUCCAAAUUUACAACAAUCAGUUUCCAAGCUUAAAGUAACAGUGGAAAAGGAAAGAAAAGCAACAAUCGAUUCAGAAAGAAGUAAAUUUGCCGGUAAAUUGUUCGGUAAAUCAACAAUUACCAAGACCGAAAUCUAAAAACAAAAUCAACAAAAAAAGUUCAUUAACAAUCCAAUAAAUCCCAACAAUCAACUCAAUCGAAACUUCAUCUCUAGUCAAUGUAUAAAAUCAAGACAAAAUUAAUCAUUAAUUAUCUCUAAUCAAUUUAUAAUAAUGUUGAAAUUUUCUAAAAAAUUGUCACCUUUUACAUAUAACCACAAUUUCACCCUAAUUUAUAAUCAAUUUAACAAUCACAACAUAAAGCAACACUUAAAUUGUGCUUUGAACAAAAUCCACCAAUUUUCAACAAGAAAACAAUAUCACAGUAAAUUUAAUUUACUAAAUUAUUGAUUUUGAUUGGCGAAAAGGAAAUGAGAAAAAGUAAAUACAAAUAAUUGAUUGGAAAACUACAAUUAAUUGUUUGCAAAAAUUAAAACCAAUCAAACUAAAUUAAUUGAAUGGAAAUUGUGAGAAAAUCAAAUUUAACCUUUAAAUGUGUUGAUCAUCGUUUUCCAAAUAUAUUCAAGAAACUUGUUAACCUCUUUACUCUCGUGUUAACCAAGUCUUGCUUUCAAGGGACAAUCUCUUGAGGGAAAGUCCCCGGACCGAUUAAUUGAGAAAGUCUGAUCGGUAAAACGAUUAAGAUUAACUCUUAAAGGUAACAAUUGCUGAGAAGAUUAAAUUACAAUCUGAGCUUAAUUGUUUCGCCUGUAAGAGGAUCAAUGGUCUACGACAAUAGUAAAUGCAAGAAGCAUUGACAAAGGAUAAAGGCCCUUUAUCCCAAUGCUAACAGAAUGGGGCUUACUCUGGUUAACAUUUUU